AUGACUUGGCGCCCCGAAGUUCACUGCUACACUUGGAAGCCACGUGGAGGCCUCCGGGGCAAGACACUCGCCGAGCUAAUAGCGGAGUUGCGAGAAUUGCCGAUUCAGAUCGAGUGGUCUAAGCUUCGAUGCCUACUAAUACGGCUGGAGACACACAAGAGCGCUGUGCAUGUGGAAGUGCCUCAUGAGGAAGAGGCGAGAUGUGAGUCCCUGAAAAAACAUCUUGACAGGUUCUUGAGGGCCUGCAUUGCAAAUGCCCCUCAUGAAGAGGUGUUCGUCUCCAUCAACAUUGAGCUGAUGACAACCUUGGACUCUUUGACAAGGUCGGCGAAAUUGGAGGAUAUUGAUCUAGACUGGUAG